AUGCUUUCGGUCUCGACGAUUUUGAUCUCGCUUCAAUCGUUGUUGGGUGAACCGAACAACAAGUCGCCGUUGAACGUCGAGGCGGCGGACCUGUGGGAGAAUACUGCAGAGGUGAAAGAUGAGAAUAUUUGUGUGUCACGUAGAAAGCCAGGCUGACUCUGGUCUUUCGUCGCGCGCCCACAGUUCAAGAAAGAGUUGGCCAAGCAUUACAAGCCCAUCGUUGAAGACGAGUAA